AUGGAUAAUGGCAAUAGCAGCCUCCGCAUCGAUCGCUUUCGUGGAGCGAGAGCGGCAAGAGCUUCAUCGUUUGGCAAAGAAUUCUUUCCGCCUUGUGGCCUUGUUGAACGCUUGUCAGGCUUCACGAAAGUUGAAUCUGGACAAAGCGAAUUCUCAUGCGAUGCUUUUGUGAAAGGUCAGCCGCCUGGGAUUACGAUACCGCCGGCGAUUCACGGAAUGAUUGCCAGCUCGUUGGAGUACAAAAAGAGAAAGCGUUUAGGGUUGGAUAGUAGCAGCAGCAAUCAUCGUCUUCCCAGAGAAUUUUAUGAGUCAGGAACACAAAGCCGCUCCUACUACAUUUCGGAGAAAACUGUUUAUGAUAUGGUGGAUGAUUCUUCGACGGAUUCGAUUGUUUCUUGGAGCGAGAGCGGCAAGAGCUUCGUCGUUUGGAAUGAAGUUGAGUUUGUCAAAGAUGUUCUUCCGAGAUGCUUACCAUUCACGGAGAUGGGAUACUUCACACGGUGGCUUGAAGGCGAGGGGUUUACGAAAGUUGAUGAGCGGUUGGAAUUUGCUGAAGAUUAUUUCCUGAGAGGUCAGCCUGAGCUUACACGGCCACUCACUUGUGGUGGGUUUUACAUUUCGCCUGAAACACGGAGAGGGAUGGAGAGGAUGGUUCCUCACUUGAAGGCUUGGCUUCAGAAUCAUCAAGCCGAUAAGUCUGUUUAG